AUGCCCAUCGAAGUCACGUCUAUCACCGAUAAGGACAUCCCUGGCGCCGUCAAAUGCAUCCAGGACGCGUUCGCCGAAGAUCCCUAUAAUCGAUGGGUCUUUAAUGAUCGCAAGAAGUUCUCUCUCAAGCGCAACUCCGUAAGCUUGGGUAUUCGAUGCCGAUGGGGGAUGCAGUACGCCAUCUUCGAAGUGGCCAAGGACACAGAUGAUCCAGAAGGCAAAGUCCUCGGCGUGGCAUGCUGGCUGACUCCGAGCAAUCCCUUUGCAGCUCAGACGUGGAGCGAUUACUGGGGAAGUUGGUGGCUAUGGUUGGAGCAAGUCAAGAUGAACCUCUGGUAUGGGCGUGGAGGGCUCAACGUGAAGCGAUAUUACAUCUGGAAGGCCGCUCAAGCCGAAGCGCAAAAGGAAAUCUGGACGGACGAGAAAGGCUACUACUUCUGCAACAUCGUCACCGUCAACCCCGAAGCUCAAGGCAAAGGCAUUGGCAAGCUGCUGUUCAAGAAGGUCACUGACAAGGCAGAUAAGGAGGGCCGGAAGUGCUAUCUGGAGAGCAGCAGAGCAGAGCCCAAUAUGGCCAUCUAUGAGCGUAUGGGAUUCAGACUCGCAAAGGAGAUGACGUGUGAUGAUGAUGGGGAUGCUAUAACGCUCUACUGCAUGAUGCGUGAGCCGCAGACGACACGAUUCUGA